GCCAACCAGCACUGGUUCUUGCUCACUGUUGAUCUUAGGCAAGGUCAGGCCACCCACUGGGACCCUUUUCCUGACCGCACGAGUGAGAUGGCCAAGUGCCUCUUGGAUGCGCUGGGCCACAUCCUAGAGGUUGCAGAAAUGCCGUUACAGGCCAGACAUGUGAGCGCCUUGGGCGACUCGUGCUGUGGCGCAGUUGCGCUUUGCCAUCUCAUGCUCGCCAUGGGUAUGAUUCACAUUGGGUCCAAGGACCUUGUCAACUGGAUCCAAGUCUCUGCGUUUGGUCUGUCGGAAGGCCCUGUGCUUCACAUUGGAGCGGGAGGGCUCAGCGCAGAUAACAAAACCGCGCUGUCAGAACUACUUGUUGCCAAAGGUGUGCCAGAGGACAAGGUCAACGAACGGGUGGCAGAUGCCAUGUCCAAGGUAGGUCUCCGCAAAAUUGAGGAGGGUCUUCGCGCACAAAGGCCCUGGGCUGCGUUAAAAGCUGUUGCAACAGGGGCGGCGAAGCCCUUCCGCUGGCUCAAGGCAGAUGAGCUCGAGGCCCAGAUUCGUAAGAAGGCCGACAAUAAGUUCGGAACAGCAGCAGGUGAGGCACGCACCAUGAAGCGUGCAAUGAAACAAACAGCUCCCAAACAAGCAGCGCCGCAGCUGGACCCUAGGCAGCUUGUACUGAUUGAGGGAACAUUUGUCACGGAUGAUGGCACCGCAGUUCCAGGCGUCAGCCUAGAAAAUGUCACGGUCAACGCGCAUGGCAUCGCUGUCUGCAGCCCGGCGCAAGCACAACCAUUUAUGGACGAGGAUGCUUCCAUUAGUGUAGAGCCGCUUGCAAUCAUCUCCACUGCCCCACUCACAGGCGUAGAAGCCACCAAGCGCAGCAAGCAGGAUGUCAGGUUUCCAGCAGUGUGUGGCCCCACCUCGGAGCCUAUCUUGGUGGCGGGGACGCUAGUGCAGCUUGGCGACUCCCAUGUCAAGCAGGCGGAAAGCCAAGCCAAAGCAGACCAGGUGCGCACUGGGGUCGUCAAGGUCACUGUCUAUAAAGACCACAUAGACGAGUCGCCUGACACAGUUGUACAUGAGGUCUGGGCACGGAAAUUCCAGAAAGAGGAUGGCACACGAGCCACCCAAGAGCUCGCUACAGCCUUUCACGUCUUCCUCAGGGCGCCAACGUCCGCUGUGGACGGGCUGCAGCAAUGCUCGGCGGCAGGGGUCUACAUAGAGCCUGACUCACGCCCUGACUAUGCCGUGAUCUGGCUUCCAGGCAUGGACUUCCAAUCGGCCAUGCACAGCAAGACCAAGACAGACAAGGUGUUGGCCCUUACCCAGCUCGGUCAGAAGUACGGGGGCGAUUCGGUGGGCGCCGCCUGGGAAGUCGGCACCGAACAGCAUCCUCCUUCAGCAGCUCUGGCCUCCAGCACUGGAUUUGUCUUGCCCAUGCAAAUCAGCACAGGACCUGCUCCACUUGUCAAGACGGCCAUUUUGGCAUCAGCCAAAACCCGCAAGCACACGCAAGGUGGCCAGUCGUUCGCCGCAGGUUCCAACGACGAUCCGUGGGCACAGGGCCAGGAUCCAUGGUCGCUUUAUAGGGCAGCACCCUCGGAAAAGCCUCGCCACACAGCCGAAGCAGCCACGAAAAUUCAGGAAGUCCAUAAGCAACUGCAGCAGGAAGUCGCCACAGCUGUCAAAGCCUUACUUGCGGAGCAAAGUCAGGCGGGGACGGACACGGAGGCCCGCUUUCAGAAGUUGGAGAGCAGUGUUGCUGAACUCCAGGCACAUGGACGCAAGUUUGAAAAUUGGUUCUCUGAAGCCAGCAAGCGCAUGGAGCAGCAAUCUCUUGAGGUAGGUGCAAUCAAGCAGGCUGUAGGUGCGCAGCAGCAAGAUAUUGCACAGCUCCCAGGCCAGGUUGCAUCCCAAGGAGAGAUGGUCCAAAACACGGUCAACCAGGCCGUGGUCACCAUGCGCUCGGACCUCAACUCCCAGUUGACUACACAGCUCAGCGCGCAGAUGGAGCAAAUCCAAGCCCUGCUCAAAAGCAAGCACCGUGCUAAUUCGCGCGAAGGUAGGAGCCGGUCUUGA